GUCCCCUUUCCUACGCGCCCAAAUGAUUCCAGAUACAACCUGUUAUCAUCAUCAUCUUCAUAAACCAUCGCGACUCAGCCUCAAAUCCUGGUCCACUCGCGAGUCGCGAUCUCAGAGUCCCUCACCAAUCACUCACUCGCCUCGCCUCACUGGCACUGCGAGCAAAAUAGCCUCACUAAUCCUGCGUCGCUGCACUGUGUAGCUAGCUAGCUAGUGCAAGCAGCGAUAUGAUGCUGGCCGUGACAGUGAGCCAGGUCGUGGCGCUGCUCUCAUCGGCUCUCUCCGGCACCGAGGGUGGCAGCGGUGUGGCGGUUGCGGUCGGUACGGCAAAGGCGGUGGGAGCCGAGCAGGGCGAGCGCUGGCGGCGGCGCUGCGGCGGGCACGACGACCACCCGGCGUCGGCGGCGGGGUACUGCUGCGUGUGCAUAUCGGCGUGCCGCGACGGGGACGACGUCCGGAGCCUGCCCUGCGGACACGCCUUCCACCGGGACUGCGUCGACCGCUGGCUGGCGCUUUGCCGGCGGACGUGCCCGCUCUGCCGUCUCCACGUCGGCGGACCUGCCGUCGGUUUGGCCGAGCAGCAGCAGCAGCUCAGCGAGGACCUCGUCAUCUGGUUCUCUUCGCUCUUUGUCGCUGGCUUGUAGGCCCGCCCGCCCACCCGCCUGCGCCGUAGGAUAAGCUAGCAAUGUGCCUCUGCCAAGUGCCUGCACGCGCAUAGCAUAAAGAUACGUGCACGGAGUAGGAUUAUCCUUCAUUAUUUGCUUCUUUGGUUAAGCAAAUGGACUGAACUGAAUGAAGAGUGAUAUCACAUCGUAUUUUCGAUCUUAAGCGAACGAUGGGUUACCGGUUUCCUUCGGUUCUUAUUAGUUUUUCUUCGGAGCACAAAAGCUUCUUCGGUCAUGUUUUAUUUCUAUAUCGACUCCUAGGAGGAGCAUCCAAUAAACACAUUUCUACAGUAA